AAAACAACAGCUUCUUGUCUCAAACGAACCAGCCAUUCUUCCAACCACUUUUCUCAAAAGAGAAGAACAUGGAGAAAGAAGAAGAAGCAGCAGCAGUGAUGGAGGAGAUAAUAUAUGUUGCCGUGGGGAGAGAAACUGCCAAGAACAAGUCAAAUCUAACAUGGGCAAUAGAUAACUCCCAAGGGAACAAGAUCUGCAUCGUUCUUGUUCACCAACCUCCUCAUAUGAUUCCUCUUUUGGGUACCAGAUUUGAUGCUGCAACGGUAGAUGAAGAGUUAGUGAAAUCAUACAGAGAAAAGCAAAAGGCGAAAACAGAGAAAAUUCUUGAUGAGUACCUCAGAAUUUGCCUGAAGAAAGGGGUCCAUGCAGAGAAGCUGUGCGUUGAGAUGGACUCCAUAGAGAAAGGGAUUGUGAAGAUGAUAUAUGAGAAUAAAGUCAGGAAGUUGAUAAUGGGAGCAGCUGCAGACAAACACUAUUCAACGAAAAUGGAGGAACUGAGGUCGAGGAAAGCCAUCUUUGUGUGCCAACACGCAUCUCCUACUUGUUGCAUUCGGUUUAUCUGCAAAGGACAUCUCAUCCACACAAGGAAAGGUAGAAUGGAUGAAGUGAGAGCUCUCUCAGCUCUAUUAUCCGACUUUCAGCGGCUUGUGUCCUCGCGAAGCAGCUCCAAUUCAGAUAUGCUGAGUGGAAGUUCAAAGGUGAAAAGCGACGUGGAGGAGGAGGAAGGAACAUCAAGAACCAGCUCUUCUCGGUCUGCUGGUACCUUGUCAUACUCUGGAGGAUCUGAGGCUUCACCAAGUGUAACUGAAGACAAAUCAAACCACUCAUCUCCUCCUCCCUCUUUACCUUGCACGGGGAUGGGACUAGGCAUGAUAAGCAUCCUGAUCCACUCCACCAAACUCUGGCAUAAGCGUGCCAUCCAGAACCACAAACAGUGUGAGUGACCCCACCAUCCAGUUCCUGAAAAGCUACAAAAGAAAAAGAAGAAAAGGAGCAUAAAAGCUGCAAAGAUCUUUUAUCACAUCUGUAAAUACUUGUAAUAUUUGUAUAACCCGUUCCUGUGAGGUUAAGCUGCUUUGACUUGCUUUCUUUUCUCAGCUUGUAAGAGGCUUGUGAUGACUUAAAGAAACUUCAUAUUAUUAUUCUUUAGUUUAAGAAAAUACAGAAAAUGUAACCAACGAGCUGAUUUUCUCAGCCGUUCUGAAUUAAAAGUGGUAUACAAAGGUUGAUCAUUAAGAAAAAAAGAAGAGCAAAACUGCAUCCUAGGCUCUAGGAUUAAGGAAGAAGAAACAAAAAGAAAACAUACUGUGGGAAAAAAACAUUACAGGAGAAACGCAACACCACUCUCUCUAAUUGCUUACAAAUCUAAAUGUGGAGAU